AUGUUAAGAAGGGAAGCUACAACUAUUAAAUUAUCACCAGAAGAUAUAUUAGAGUAUGACGAUUCAAUACAGAAAUCUGAUAAACAGCAGCAGCAACAACAACAACAACAAAAUUCUGAAGAUUUUGGUUCAAAUUCAAUUUUACAAGAACAAUUUAUGAAUAACUCAAAUGAAUUUGUCAAAGAAGGUACAAGCAAUAAAAGUGUAAGUAGAAAUGAUAGAAUAGGUGUUCAAAGGAAUUGA